AUGAGUGUCGUCGCCAAUCGGCCGGAGAGUGCUUCUAUGCCUUACACUGCUAUACCCCAUAGCCACAGCUACUCGGAUUCGGUGUAUGGCAGCUCUGUCCCAUCGAUCCCUUCUCGGACCUCCUCAGUUUCCUCCUUCAAAACCAAUUAUACCGCAUCGACCAUCCCUACCUCCUACUCUCCUACCUUUUCGGGCUCAUACCGCACAUGCGACUCUGCUGCCUCUCUGGAUAAGAUCCUGGAAUCUGUGUUCAAGCGGGUCCCGCAGGAAGUGUAUGAGAAUAUUCUCGACCAGCUACAGUUCCUGCAUUCAGGGCCAAAUCAGUCAGGAUGCAUGACCUGUUUUCAACGCGAUCUGCAUGCCCUUUCUCUUACUUGUCGCCCAUGGGAGAAGGCAGUCAGAAGUCGACUGUAUAACCGUAUUCACAUCGUCGGCAGCGACUCCCCGGCUCAAUUGAAAAAAUAUCGACUGAAAAGAGGAAGCAGACUGAAGUUAUUAAGACGCACGCUUCGCGAGAGGAAGUUGCUGGCCAAUCUUGUCCUCGAACUCCGCGUGCCCCAGAUAGAUCUACUAUUCACGACUGGUAAACAUACGGCCCAAUGGCAGGAAUAUCGAGAUCUCAUCGCCUCGGUUGUGAUGGUGUGCCCGAACCUGGAACGGUUACUAGGACUGACAAUUCCUUUCAACCAUGAGUUUGAUCGCCUAACGCAUGCAUUGUCUACAAGGCGGAAAUUGAAGGAACAUACCUGGAUUCUCUGCGAAGCAACGGAGACUUCUGAAGCCUCCCCGCGUAGCACCUCUUGCCCUGGCAGUCUCGGUCCCUUGCAAAUGUUUGAGUUUCUCAACUAUCACGCGUCAUGGACAAACCUGGAGACAUUGAUGCUUUACGGACUAGACCGCACUGCCCUGGAACCCAGCGUCUUCCUCCGUACGAUUGAUCUCUUGCCAUCAUUGCGCAACCUGUGCGUUUCGAACUUCGACGCAGACGCCUUUUCCGACACUGCUCUUCUAUGUCUUCCAUCGCUUGAAAGUUUACGAUUGGAAAACCUUCCUGGAGUCACCGAUGCCGGUCUAGCGCAGUAUACUUCACGGCCAGAGUCUUCCACUCUCAAAUCACUGACCUUGAUUGAACCUAAUAUUGACUCUCUUCUUGUGAUUUCGAAAAUCCUAGCAUCCCUCCAGAGCCUAGAACGGUUCAAGAUUGUUCAAACGGAGAAAUGCCCAACGUUGAACACAGACGGCAUAGUUUUCCAACCGCUUUUGGCCUCAUCAAGUCUCAGGUUCUUACACUGGGAUGUUGCAUGUCCCAAUCCUAGUACCGCCCUUUCUAGGCUCGAUUUUGCACCAUUCGCGAAACCUCUUCAACACACAGAAGCUCCCAAUUCACAUCUUGCACAAAGCAUUCUAUGCGGGGGGUUCCCCCGACUUGAUGCCCUGCGGGCUCCAUCAGAUAUUGAACCCCCAGGCGCCCUGCAGGCGGUUUGUCAGCCAAUCCCUCGUGGACAAGCACUACUACAGCCAGAUCGAUAUAGCCUUCCUCGAAGCUCGCACGGGUCCGUCCAAACGCGGCCGAUGGCACUUCCUGGAGGCAACAACUUGACAUCAGCCCGAAUAAGGGCUCAGACGUUCAUUGAUAUGGCCGCAAGAGACACGGAGACUGGCUUGCAGGUGCUAAUAACAGAUCAUUCUGAUUCGUAUGUCCCUGACAACGCGCUGGAAGGCUCUGAUGACGAAGCGGAAAACGAGUUGGAUGAGACCGGCAUGUGGGAAAUCCCACAGGAUCGCCCGAAACCGAACCCAAUUCCAGAAGACCAUGAAGGCCCAAUUACAGUAUUUGACUUUCGGAUGCCUGCUUACAUGGGCAGGACUGGAGCCAAGAUCAGUGAGAGAGAUAUAUCUAUCCCUCGUUUCAUACUUCGUCCCGAUAUUGUUGGACAAGAUGCCGACGGGGGUCUUGUCUCGUGGAGACAUAUUCUAGCCGCAAACCAAUCGUUUACUUUCGCCGCCGGUGUUGGUGUAAACUGCUUCGGCAGCAAAGGAGUUUCGAGUCCAACUAUUGAGGAGCCAUUGUCGCCAACGUCAACAUCAACGCCGCGCUUUGGUUGGGGGAGUAUCGCUAGCAUUACUAGUACGAUGGCCACAAGUCCAGUAACCCCGACCACUCCGCCGACGCCGAUGAGCAUGUCAACCAUGAGUGUACCUCCUUGGGAAAAGGACGUCUGCACGGGAUCCUGGAAUUACAGCCAUAAGGGUGGCCGGGACUGGUGGUUCCAUAUGGAACGGGAGCGCCCCGUUAAGGCUGAACUUUACGACGUCAAGCGCCUAUUUUAG